AUGUCUGAAGCUUCAAACCAAAAGGAUCCAGGAUGGAAUUAUGCAUCCUUACCUGAUCCUAACAACACAAAUACUGUUAAGUGUAACUUUUGUGCAAAAGUACACAAAGGAGGGAUUACGAGACACAAACAACACCUUAUUGGUGGUUUUCGUAAUAGCAAACCGUGUCCGAAAUGUCCCGAGCAUGUGAGGGCUGAGAUUAGAGAAUAUGUGGAAAAAAAGAAACAACUGAAAGACCAGAUGGAUGCAAUACCACAUUUUGAUGAUAUUGCUGAAGAACAAGAGCAGUGGAACUGGGAAACUCAAAUAAAAGAUAUUAGUCAUGGCAAGCGUCCAUCUGAAGGAGGCUCAUCUACUCAAUCUUUCUCUGUUGCACAAAAAAUACAACAAAGAAAGCCAAGAUCAAUGGAUCCUAUUGACCUAUAUUUUAUGAAAGAUGCUGAUGAGGUAGUGAAACAAAGGAAAAACAUAGACGGUGGGAAGUUGUUUGAUGAGAAUAGGAAGAAAAUGGGGGAGUAUGCCGUACAAAAGUUUUGUCGGUGGAUGUACGAUACCGGGAUCCCAUUCAACACCGUAAGAGCAGAUAGUUUUGGACCAGCAAUUGAAGCUCUUGGCCAAUUUGGCCCUGGUAUGAAGCCCUCUAGCUAUCAUGAGGCUAAAUACAGUUGCACGUUAAUGGCAAAUGGUUGGACUGAUACAAGACAAAUGAGGCUCAUUAAUUUUUUGGUGAAUAGCCCAAAAGGAAGCAAAUUCAUAGAAUCUGUGGAUGGAUCAUCGUAUGCUCAUACGGGCGAAAAAAUGUUUGAGUUGCUAGAUAAGUAUGUGCAACUUGUUGGGGAGAAAAAUGUGAUUCAAGUGGUCAUAGACAAUGCAAGCGCAAACGUUUUAGCUGGAAAAAUAUUAGAAGCAAAAUACCCACAUUUAUACUGGUCGCCUUGUGCAGCUCAUUAUAUAGAUUUGAUGUUUGAAGAUAUUUUCAAACUUCCUAAUUUGAAAAAGACAUAUGAGCGGGGUGUGAUGAUUAAUGCCUACAUAUAUAAUAGGCCACCUCUCUUAGAUAUUAUGAGAGAUUUUACUAAGAGUAGAGAGAUGGUUAGGCCAGCAAAAACUCGCUUUGCCACUGCAUUUCUAACUUUGAAGCGAUUCCAUAUUCAAAAGGGGAAUUUGAGGAAGAUGUUUACAUCUGAACAGUGGACUAAGAGUAGGUAUGCGAGAGAAGCACAAGGCAAAUUAGUAGCAAGUGUCAUUUUGAUGCCUUCCUUUUGGAACCAUGUCCUUUACAUUAUUAAAAUUGCUGGUCCACUAGUCAAGGUGCUUCAAUUGGUAGAUGGUGAAAGAAAACCACCAAUGGGUUAUAUUUAUGAAGCCAUGGACCGAGCCAAGGAAGCUAUUGCUGCUUCAUUUUCCAACAAUGAAGAGAAGUAUAAAGAUGUGUUUGCAUUGAUUGAUGCUAGAUGGAAUGUUCAACUUCAUAGGCCUUUGCAUGCAGCUGGUUACUACUUGAACCUAGAGUUCUUUUAUGCACAUCCUAAUAUAGAACAAGAUACAGAGCUUCAUUCUAAGAAAAGAAAUAAAUUUGAGCAAAAACGCCUCAAUGAUUUAGUUUUCAUCAAGUAUAAUAGAACUUUGAAGAGGCGAUAUGAUGCACGUGAUGCAAUAGAUCCUAUUAUUUUGGAUGAAAUUGAUGAGAGUAAUGAGUGGUUGUUAUGGAGAUUGACUCUUGAUAGUGAUGAAGAGAAUGCUACAGUAUUUGAAGAUAAUGACUUGACUUGGGGUGAUGUUGCACGAGCUGCCGGGGUUGAUGAAGAUGCUUAUAGUUUGCGAUCUCAAUCUACAAUAGAACCAAGGGAAGAAGAAGAGGACGAAGAAGAAAACUUCAAUGAUUUUGAAGAAGAGGCUGAGUAUAUAUCUACUGACGAAAAUGAAAAUAAUGGAAAUGAAAGUGAAGAAUCUGAAGAUUAUCUAGUAGAAUCAGAUGAUUAG